AUGUCAACUGCCGUCUACAGUACACCGAGUCUCAGUGUUCCGCCGUCCCAGAAUACCGCACCCGUCAUCGAGUUCCGCUGCCUCUAUACCCACGAUGUUCGACGCAAGCAAAAGCGCUGGCAAGAUGGCUUCCUUCGCUUCCAUACCUUCAACAAAAGGGUUAUGGUGUACGAUGUCCCGAGGAACUAUGUUGGAGACCAUCACUGGAAAGAAGGAGCACAGCUGCAAGAAGGCGAUGAGGUGACCCUGGACAAGGGCGUGCUUGUAGAGGUCGGCGAAGUCGUCGGAACUACAGAGACGGAUCUGAGCCCGCUGUUCGAGAGGAAGCCUAAGGAGACACCCGAGAAGGCCGGAGCAACUUCUCCGGCCAAGGCAGCCUCCUCCAUGCGCAGCACUGCGGGACUUGUACCACCACCAUUGCGCCAUAGAUCUCUGAACACACUGCUGGGAACGCCGAGAGGGUCGCUUGGAAGGGCGGUUCUACCUUCAAAGUCACCAUAUGAAGCCCGGCAGGGAGCAACGGCAAAUGAGUGGGAAGACGGACCCGCCGCAAAACGUCCUCGAAUAGGAGGCAAUAGCACGUAUACAGGUUGGGACGUCUUGCGGACAACUAAAGUAUCAGCGUUUGGGUCGAAAAAGGAGACACCUCUUUGGGCAAAGACCUCAGAUGCGCGCAAAGGGAAGUUCACGAAGCCGACGUCGUCAAACGUGAAGUCUUCGACAGGUCGAGCUAGGCUUACCGUGAAGGAGGUUGUCGACAUUACAUCUGACCCUGAAGACAACUUCUCUGACAUGACGUUGCCGGGCACACUGAUAGCUGCCUCGACGUCAAGACUAUCGCCUGUUGCUCCCGCAAGUACCAAGACGGGCGCACCUCUACAACGUACAAGUAAUGGAAAGCCUGAACAGCGCAUUUCACGGGCCCCAAACGGUUUGACCCAAGCGUCAUCAUCUCCUCUCUCAAACAAGAACAGCAAAUCAACCCUGAAGCCCAAAUCUCGGCCCCCUUUACCACCCCCUCAGAAAGACCCUCAGCUGCCAUCAUCGCCGCCUGUCAGCACGACUAAUAAGAUACACGCAGUCCAGAACACGAUCGACAAGGCCGCGAGUACAACGAGUAGUCCAGCAUUGCGUGCCGCAAAACCCCUUGAUGCUUCGGCUGACUCGAGACAAACUGAGUCCGCAUCAAAUCCCCGUACUAAGGCACUUCGGUUAUCAGUGGUGGCGCCACGGAAGAAGAUGCUCUUAUGUGAAGCCAGGCCAAAAUCCAGACAAGCUACCAGUAAUAGCAACAUGCGAGCCCCGAUCGAGAGAAGCAGAGGCGUUUCACCGAGGGACGGAUCAGUGGAACGUCAAGGGACACCCGACUGGGACUUUGAUUUUGGGGUUGCAGAUGAGAAGUCCGCAUCUCCGGGUUCUACUGCUGCAUCGCGGAACCCAGGCAUUGCGAAAUCUAAGUUGCUCGGGGAACCCAUAAGGAAGAACCUAUCCAGAAAUGGGCGUCCGGAUGAGCUACCGCCCGCUGAUUCUACUACAACUCCGUUCGAUGAGAUGGCCCUUGUACACGGUAAAAUGGACGCGCAACUGACGACGGCUUCAACAAGACUCAAGAGCGCGCGCCCAAAUACCAGUGUCAAACCUGGUGCUGAAUCUGCCAACGCAUCCCGCCCUCGCAGCCCUUUCCGCCGCGUACGUUCUGAGAACGACGCUGCGCUAAAUCCGUCCGACCCUCCAGCAGGAACAGCCAACUCCGAGCCAGCUCCACUCGCCAACAAGCCAAGAGCAUCAGCCGCAAAGGCCACAGCUCCGCCGAAGCGACCGCUGCAGCGGUGGAAGAGCUUAGCGGAUGCUGCACCGGUACGUCGCGUUCCUACGCCGCCGCCACCGCCUGUAGUCGAAGAUACGGAUAUUGGACCAUGGAGCACGGAGGCGUUUGAUCUUUUCGACUGGAGGCCACCCAAUAGGGAUAGCGAAAGAAAUGUUGUUACUGCCUUAUCCGAAGGCUAG